AUGGAUGUGAGUUAUAGAAGCGGUAUAGAACAACAUCAGUUGAGACCAGUUACAAGAGAAGCAUUAAGAAUCUAUCAAGAGAAUGGAGAAGAUGCUAAAAAUGGUAAAUCGAAUCCAUCAAAGGCAUUGAACAUAACCCAUGGCACUUCUUCUGAUGUAUUUGACAAGAUUUCUCCUCAUUACGACUGA